AUGUGGUUUCUAUCGAGCGUUGUUCUGUUCACCAUCGUGUCCUACGGGGCAACAGCUCUUCAGCCACGGACCGACUCUGACAUUCUCGCCUUGUAUCCAGAAUGUGCCACUCAAUCCAGCAAAAUUGUAUCCAGGUCCACCUCAUCGACGAAUCUUGCAUGCAAUCCAGCAAUGACUGGGCAUGCCUCUGCACUAACCAAUUCUGUUCCAUCCGGCAAACCCUCAAACAUCACAACCAUCAAUUGCCAUCUCCCCACGAGGGACCGCUCCGCCCUCCUUCUCCGUGAAAACAUUGCACUCCUAGUCUCCACCCUUCUGCUAACCACCUUGCGAACUUUAUACAAACUCUUUGUCCCUUUUCCGGCCCACCCCAACACCGACAGCUCCUCGCACGGCUUCUCACGACCGCCUUCCCAGUAUCUGCCUAGGUUACAGCGCCUACACGCAGACGACUAUGCCCUCAUUUCCAUAACUCUUCUCGGUCUACCCAACCUCUUGCUCGCCAUCUUUCGUCUCCAUCCCUUGGGAGUAGGCCAGGAUGCGUGGACUUUGCCUCUGGACAACAUCGCCAAAACGGUGCGGUAUGGAUACGGAAUGGGUGUUGUUUACUUUCUACAAGUUGCCCUCACCAAAGUGGUGUUUCUGCUUUUCUACCUCAGGAUCUUCCCGGGAAAGGUGGUGAGAAGGGUGCUAUGGGCAACACUUUCGGUUUGUGUGCUGUUUGGGUUGGGCAGUGCCAUUGCUGGGGUUUUGCAAUGCACUCCGGUGAGGUGGUGGUUCGAGGGCUGGGAUUAUCGGGAGGGCAUACCGGGGGGAGAUGCGACCUGGGAAGGAUGGGGAGAAGAUGGGGGAGGGAGGAGACCUGGGAGAUGCAUAAACAGAAAGGCCUUCCACGUCGCUGCGGCGGUGAUCAGUAUCUCCAUCGAUAUCUGGAUGCUGGCAAUUCCGCUGUGGUGUAUCAGGGGACUGAGGAUGAGUGUAUGGAAGAAGAUGGGGGUGGUGGGGAUGUUUGGCAUCGGGAUGCUUGUCACAAUAUUCAGUUGCAUCCGACUGCGUGAACUGACUGUGUUUACGGAAACGCCCAACCCGACGCAAGCACUGUUCGAUGUCGAUCGGUGGUCUACUCUGGAAGCGGCGUCGAGUAUCUUUUGCGCUUGCAUGCCGACGCUGAGACAAAUGGUGGUUAGCGUUGUCAGUCUUGGGAGGAGGAGGUUUGGAAAAAGGGGUUCAUCAAGCGGUGGCAGCGGAAAGGUUGGAAGUUCGAGUACCUCUACAGUCGCUCUAGGGAUCAACUCACGAUAUUCUCGCUCAACAGAGAAUCCUAACGGUUCGCAACAUCGCUUCUCGGAUACCCCCCAAGAGAAACUACCCGACACAGAGCAACCCGUCCAGGAUCUUUCCCAUGACAUGUCAGAAAACCAUGAUAUCCGCAGCGGCAAUAGCAGUAUUAUGUACACGGUCGAAUACAGCGUCGAAGUGGACAAUAGUCCUGCCAGUGCCAUCACUCCUGAAUCGGGACGGCUAAGUCCCCCACCGUACACGUAUGGUAACGGCCCCCAAGAUCCCCCGGGAGUCAACGACAACUGCGAAAAUUAUCGAGCGUGUGUGGUGUCGCGAAACUUGGGGAGGAUCGGCGGAGGAGGAGGAUCGCUCAGGAGGCAGAGUAUGAGUCCGAGGUUGAGGGUUGUGGCCUGA